AUGACGAGCGACCGGGACCCUCGACCCCACUUAUGGGAAGCCUGGGGAUUUUACGCGCAAAAAAAGACCGCAGUCGCACCGGUCAUCAAGCUCUCACUCUCACGUAUGCUUUUUGUAGUACUGCUGGUCACUUCGAUUAGAGAUGCAUCGGCUCAUCCUCAGUGUCUGGACUUCGAGCCCCCGUUUAAACCCCAGUUCCACCUGGAGUUCUGCAGGGAUUACGAAAAGUUUGGCUGCUGUGACCAGGAUACUGAUAACAGCAUCGCGGAGAGAUACUGGAAUAUAAUGGAUUAUUAUGAUAUGCAAGGGCACGAACUCUGUGGUGAGUUCGUAAAAAACAUUCUUUGUCAGGAGUGCUCCCCUUACGCAGCUCAUCUUUACGAUGCCGAGGACCCAUAUACCCCGGUACGGAACCUUCCGGGCCUGUGCUUUAACUACUGCUCCGAGUUCCAUGUUAAGUGCCAGUCUGUGGUCAGACAUUUGACCAAUGACAAGCGCUUACAGGAGUCCUGUCAGAAGGACCGUUCCAAGUUUUGUAAUCUGGUCAACCUGCCCGACCAGGACUAUUGCUAUCCCAAUGUGCUACAGAGCUCCACGCUCAAUCUCAACCUGGGCAAGGUGGUGCAGGACCCCAAGGGCUGCCUGCAGUUGUGCCUGACAGAAGUGGCUAAUGGACUGAGGAACCCCGUGCUAAUGGUUCACAGCGGGGACGGCACGCACCGCAUGUUUGUGGCCGAACAGCUGGGCUUCGUCUGGGUUUACCUGCGAGACGGCAGCCGCCUCGAGGAGCCCUUUCUGGAUAUAACUCAGGAAGUGUUGACCACACCCUGGCUGGGAGAUGAGCGCGGCUUUCUAGGAAUGGCUUUCCAUCCCCGUUACCGGAGUAAUGGCCGUUUCUUCAUCUACUAUUCCAUCAUGAUAAAGAAUCAGCUGGAAAAGGUCCGGAUCAGUGAGAUGAGGGUGUCUGCGAAUGACAUGAACAAAGCCGACCCCAGCUCCGAGAGGGUGAUUCUGGAAAUCGAUGAGCCUGCAGCCAAUCACAACGGUGGUCAGCUCCUGUUCGGCCAGGAUGGCUACAUGUACAUCUUCACUGGGGACGGUGGGAAAGCUGGGGACCCUUUCGGCCUGUUUGGCAAUUCCCAAAAUAAGAGUGCCAUGUUAGGGAAAGUUCUGCGUAUCGAUGUGGAUGGAGACACCAGUGACGGCAAGCCUUACAGAAUUCCGGUGGAUAACCCAUUCAUGGCCGACCCCAACGCGCGGGCCGAGGUCUACGCGUACGGAGUCAGGAAUACGUGGCGUUGCUCCGUGGAUCGCGGCGACCCCGUCACCCGGCGUGGGAGAGGGCGGAUCUUCUGUGGCGACGUGGGCCAGAACCGUUACGAGGAGGUAGACAUCAUUGUGAAAGGAGGCAAUUAUGGCUGGAGAGCUAAGGAGGGAUUUGAGUGCUUUGAUGCCAAGCUGUGUCACAACUCCUCACUAGACGACAUACCUCCGAUUUUCGCAUAUGGUCACCACAUUGGAAAAUCAGUUACCGGCGGCUAUGUGUACAGAGGAUGUGAGUCUCCCAAUCUGAAUGGAUUGUACAUCUUUGGAGACUUCAUGAAUGGGCGGCUGAUGGCCUUAGAGGAAGACAAACUGGGAGCCUGGAGAGAGAAAGCCAUCUGCAUGGGCAACACAAAGACCUGCUCUUUCCCCGGACUGAUCAAUCAUCACCACAAAUUCAUUACUUCCUUUGCCGAGGAUGAAGUGGGAGAACUUUACUUCAUGGCCACUUCAUAUCCCACCACAUUGUCUCCAUUUGGAACCAUCUACAAAUUUAUGGACCCUUCCAGGAGGGCGCCACCUGGAAAAUGCAAACGAAAAUCAUUUCCUGUAAAAGUCAAAGGGAAAAUAGUACCUUUUGUUCCAAGAGAAUUGACAGUACUGGCAUCCAACGAGAAACCUACCAGAUCUCCACUGAAGAAAGUGAGAUUUACUACCAAGGUACCAGUUACAAGCAAGCCGAGACUGACCACACCAAGAAUGACCUCACCAAAAGUGGAGGCUGCCCCCACCCCCCAGAGGGGCGCGGCAAAGCGGCGGGGUGAGCAGCCAGCCGGGGGUAAGGCUUCUCCCAAAACGAAGCAAACUGUACUCCCUCAGCGAGUGAAAACCAAGAAGGAGAAAAAAGCACAGAAAAAGAACUCUAUCCCUGGGGGAGGACCGUCAGCGAUAACCCAGGCAGGAAAUUUCUCAAUCAAGAAGCAAAAAAGUCAAGCAGACUCUGUAAUAGGAAACAAAACGGUUGCAGUCAAAGUCAGUGGCAAGCAAACUCAGAGCAAGGAAAAGCAGGACAAAAAGAAAGUCAAAGAAUGACAAAGGACCACUUAAAAUAAAAAGUAUAGAAUAGUCUAAGAAAACAUAAGUACAGUAGAUCAUGGAAUAAACCUGUACGGACAGUGUAACAUUCACGGAAAAGCCAAAUAAUCACAACUUUUUUUUUU